AUGGUGAUGUGGAAUAGUAGUGAUGCGAUGGAGCCCAUAUUUAUCUUGAGGGGUUUUCCUGGACUAGAGCAUGCUCAUUCUUGGCUCUCAAUUCCAUUCUGUUUUGCGUACUUGGUAGCAUUUAUUGGUAAUGUUACCAUCCUCUCUGUCAUUUGGAUAGAGUCCUCACUCCAUCAGCCCAUGUAUUACUUCCUUUCUUUCUUGGCACUAACUGACCUGGGAAUGUCCCUCUCUACACUCCCCACCAUGCUUGCUGUGUUAUGGAUGGAUGCACAGGAAAUCCAGGCAAGUGCUUGCUAUGCUCAGUUGUUCUUUAUCCACACAUUUACAUUUCUGGAGUCCUCAGUGCUGCUGGCCAUGGCUUUUGACCGCUUCGUUGCUAUCUGCUGUCCACUGCACUACUCCACCAUCCUCACCAACAGUGUCAUUGGCAAGAUCGGAUUGGUCUGCUUGUUCCGAAGCAUGGGGGUUGUACUGCCCACACCUUUGCUACUCAGACGCUAUCACUAUUGCCAUGCCAAUGCCCUUUCUCAUGCAUUCUGCUUGCACCAGGAUAUUCUAAAAUUGUCCUGUUCAGAUGCCAAGAUUAAUAGCACUUAUGGACUAUGUGUUGUUAUUGCCACACUGGGCGUGGAUUCAGUCCUUAUUCUUCUUUCUUAUUUCCUGAUUCUGAAUGCUGUGCUGGGUAUUGCAUCUCAUGAAGAGCGGCUAAAGGCAUUCAACACAUGUGUAUCCCACAUCUGUGUGGUGCUCAUCUUCUUUGUCCCAGUUAUUGGGGUGUCAAUGGUCCAUCGUUUUGGGAAACAUCUUUCUCCCAUAGUCCAUGUCCUCAUGGCUGACAUCUAUCUGCUUCUGCCUCCAGUGCUCAACCCUGUUGUCUACAGUGUCAAAACAAAGCAAAUUCGUCUAGGAAUUCUCCACAAAUUUGGGCUAAGAAGAAGACUUUAG